CGCCAGGACUCCGAUAUAUUUUCCAUUUAUUUUUCCUCCAGGGAACUGAAGAUUUGUUUAUUAUUAUACUGAGCUUAGGGAGAGGAUUUUUGAUGUCUUGUCGGGUGUUUUAAGUUUUUCAGGUGUUGGUGAAGAAAAAUGGACGAAUGGUGGCGAAGGUGAGGAAAGUCAGGGUGACCGCUGAUAGAUGGAUCCACCAGGGCCUUCAGUGGCGGAUACCCUUGAAAUCCUUCGCUCGUCAUCGGAUAGUGAUUAAAUAUUUAUUUGGGACAAGUGCGUUUAAUUAAUGGUAAAAGGACUCUGGAAAAUUUACUCUGCCAACUAAUGUUCGUGGUGGGCAAAGCCGUGGUAAGAGCGUAUCGCGUGCUGGACGAUAGUUGGACAAAAUUGCCGCUCGACUUAGUGGCAAACGCUGUUUCAGAGGGGGUUGACACUAUUUUACUUACUACUGGAACAAAUACCACAAAACAUAUCAAAGGACCAGAUCAUCUUUUUUUUUUUAAUCAAAAUAAUUUUAAUUCGCAACUGCAACUCCUUUUCAUCCCCUCGAUUCAGCAGAGAAUAAUUCUGCUGGAUCCUGGCCAGGCAAUGGGAAUAUCAGCUGUAGAAAUGUUCAUGAAACUCAAUGCCUCGGGAAUAAUUGUGAGAACGACGAGCGGUUAUGGCAUCGUAGCACGCCGGCUACGCUUGUAGUUUGCUGUUCACUCCAUUUACUACAGAUGUGAGUGGUGAAUGAAAAGGAGAAAUUUUUUCUCCUAUUCACGGGUGUGAAAAAAUUUCAUAGGGAAACCGAGUGAAUGCACAAGAAGUCUAGUGAAUUGCUAUUGAGAUUACGUCUACGUCUAGGUGUAUAAUAUUUAUUUGUUUGUUUCUUAUUUUCAAUUCCACAAACUCACAAGUCAUUCCACAUAAACGUGGAGAUAAUUGGAAUUGUUGGGAUGCAUGUAAUGGCUCAUUUGGGAUUUAUCCAGGCCCACCACAUCCCUACUGGAAUCAAGACUUGGAUUGUAGAGUUGAGCGUGCCAUGAAUUACUUGAGACAGUGGAAAUACAUUGACACAUGUAUGCUUUCACCCACUCUAUUCGUUGAUGUUUAUAUGUCAUCCCAAGUCAUAUCCACGUCAAAACAUUGAAUCGACUAAUCAACAAAUGAGAUAAUUCCAAUCAUUCAUUCCCUAAUGAAAUUUUAAUUGAAUUUUAAUUCAACGGUGAAAUUGAAAAAUUAUCUAUUAUGAGGAAGUGGUCAUGCAUCGAGUAAUAUCAAUAUCCUGGCAUAUGUGACACUGCCACCGGUUAUCUACUAUCAAUUGCAAUUAUCUUGCAAUAUCCACCCACCUCCGCUGCUCCAUAUGUCAAAAUAUCAACUUGACAUCUUCAUCUAUUCAUUAUUUGUCGAAACUUGGGGGUAAAAUAUUUAUUUUCGGAAGUCUGGACGACUGGAGACAGAUGAGAAGUUCCAUUGAGGGGUGUUUUAUCGUCUGGCUACCGGGAAAGUUCAAGCGGAACAUUGGCAUGCCCUUCGGCACAGUCAACAAUUCAAAAUGACCAGUGGUUUGUCGAUACCCCCUGAUUAGAUACGAUUCAUCCAACUUUUUCAAUUGAUAAAACUGUUAAUCGAAGUUCUGGAGUUGUUUUAACACUGGGGUAUCAUUUUGUGAAUGGAAAUAUUCACAAAGGCUUUUUCUUUGGGUUCGACGGUCAAAUCCAUCUUCUUAUGGUGAUUUUAAUGAAUUAAAAUGAAAUUUUAUUAAGUCUUUUAAUUUAAAAACUUUUACGAAAGUGGAAUGUCAACUCCAUUUUCCAUAAAUAAAUAAAUACAACAAGAGCGUGAAUAAUAUGCAUGAACCCGAGAUUAAUUUAUCACACGCAUCCCUAGUUUGUCAAAAUUAUCUGAAAGGGCUAAUGGAUUCGUUAUUCAUAGGAACCGUACGUGAAGUGAAUAACAAAAAAACGAUGAAUUGACGAAAUCCAGGGCACUUUGCGAAAUUUUAAUUCGGUGGAUGAAAGACAAAUUAUUAUGGAACAUUUCAUCUGCCUCUGAGUUAAAAAUAUGUGUUGGUGCAGCCGUCGGGCGGGCGAAAUUGAGCCAAAAUUGGAAAUUGGUUUGUUCUAUCAUACAAUGAUCACGCAACAAGAGCUUCAACUUUAACUCACAUGCUUUUUCCAAGGAAAUUACUAGUCAUUCUGUGUUAUGGAGGGGAAUAUGAAUGGAAAUAAUUGAUGAUUACUUUAACGACGCUGAUUUUCCCCGUGAGUCCACGGAAAUCUCCAAGAAACCAGAGCCGAUGCUGUCAAAAGAACAUAUUUUUCACUGUUUUUCCGUGAUACCAAUCGACCGUAAAAACAUGUUAUUAUUUUCAAAUAACUCUCUCGUUAGUUAUUCAAAUCUCCUCUGCAAAUUCCCUUCCUCGGGACAUCAAAUGCCCUAUUGUUAGUAAGCCCAAUAAAAUAAUGAUUGAAAAAACGAUU